AUGUCUUCCAAAGUCGACCUUGCCGCGUACCUCUUCGCCAGACUCCGUCAGAUCGGAGUCAAAUCCGUCUUCGGCGUGCCCGGAGACUUCAACCUCACGGCCUUGGACUACAUCGCACCCGCCGGCCUCGCGUGGGUGGGCAACGCCAAUGAGCUCAACGCAGGCUACGCGGCCGAUGGCUACGCCAGGAUCCGGGGAGUGUCUGCGCUCGUCACGACAGGUGGCGUGGGCGAACUCUCCACCAUCAACGCCAUCGCCGGGGCGUACGCCGAGAUGGCCCCCGUCGUCCACAUCGUCGGCACACCGGCAACACAUAUACAGGGCCAAGGACUCUGCAUGCACCACACUCUCGGAGACGGGAACUUCAGACUGUUCGCGGACAUGGCGGCGAAGGUGACGGUGGCGCAAGCCAACCUGGUAGACGCCACUACGGCACCUUCAGAGAUCGACAGGUGUCUGCGGACGUGCGUGAUGGAGAGUCGACCAGUCUACAUCGAGCUGCCCACCAACAUGGUCAAGGCUAGAGUGUCAUCCGCCAACCUCGAAAAGCCACUCGACUUCUCGAUCGAGACGGACGAAGGUUUCGAAGACACCGAAGCCGACUUGAUCCUGAGCAAAAUCUACGCAUCACAGCAGCCAUUCAUCCUCGUGGACGGCUUCACGUCGCGGUACGGCAUCAGCGCCGAAGCCGACGAAUUGGUCCGCGAGACUGGAUUUCCUACCUCGACGACCCCGUUCGGCAAGAGCAUCGUCAACGAGUCAUACCCCAACUUCUACGGAAUGUACGCGGGCAUCGCAGGACCACAGGUCUACGUGCCGUGGGCGCGCGGCUGUGACCUCGUACUGCGCCUGGGCCCGUUGAACAGCGACGUCAACACGUUCGGCUUCAGCACCAUCCCUGACCCCAAGACAUGCAUCACGUUCGAACGCGACAGCGUCGACAUCUGCGGCACAAAGUACCACAACAUUCACAUCAAGCAUCUCUUGCGACGGGUGUUGUCCAAGCUCAACAAGAGCUUGCUGCCCAAGUACACGCCGACGAUGGACCUGGGCGACCCCAAGCAGAUCCUGGCGGACCUGGACCCGACGACGGACAAUGAGGUGAUAGCGCACGACACGUACUGGCGGCGCAUGUCCAACUUCUUCCGCCCGGGCGACGUCAUCCUCACCGAGACAGGCACGCCGAGUAUCGGCGGACGAGACUUUGUGCUGCCGCCGCACACGACGCUCAUCAACUCGUCAAUCUGGCUGUCGAUAGGGUACAUGCUUGGCGCGUGCGCGGGAGCGGCCCAGGCCCAACGGGACAUGGUCGGCGAGGGUCUCCGGCAACAGCCAAGAGCCGGAGGAGGAGGGCGGACGAUCCUCUUCGAAGGGGACGGCAGCUUCCAAAUGACGGCCCAGGUCAUGUCGGACAUGAUCCGCAAUCGGCUCGACGUUAUCAUCUUCCUCAUCAACAACGACGGGUACACGAUCGAGAGGUGGAUCCACGGCAUGAAAGCAGACUACAACGACUGCCAGCCGUGGCGGUACCUCGAGUCCCUGAGUUACUUUGGCGCGCCGAAGGACGAUCCCACCUAUCCCGUGAUGACGAGACGGGCAGAGACGUGGGGCGAGAUGAACCAGGUCCUCGCGGACCCCAAGGUCCAGGCGGGCAAGGGCCUCAUCAUGAUCGAGGUGGUCAUGGGCAAGGAGGACGCACCGGACGUGCUGAAGAAGUUGGUUGAGAACGUGUCGCGGAGGAGUAGUGGAGAGUUUGAGAGGCCUACCGGUGGCAGUGGUGGUGCUAGUAGGUCUGAGGCUCUUACCCCGGAUGAGAAGGCGAUGAAGGUCGCGGGCUGA